GCGGGAUUUUACCGAUCAAGAGUUCAGUGAUGUGUUGUUUUUCUUUUCUUUUCUAUCUGAUUUGGUUGGGGAGCUCUUGGUCUUUCUUUUUUUUGCCGGCAAUUAUUUAGUGAUGUGCAUAAAUCUGAUGGGGUAUUGUGAGCGGGGAGAAGAAAUGGAAAGGGACUAGCUUGCCAUCUUUCAUGAGUUGUGGUCGGUUUGAGAGCUUUGAAAGGGGAGAGCUGGUCCAAGAGCUAUGGGCAACUCAUGUGUUACCGGUUCCGUCCAGUCAAACCAUGGACAGAGCCAGGAACCCAACGGGGCACAGACAACCUUCAAGUGGACGGUCGAUGGUUUCUCUUCCCUUCUUGAUAAGGGUAAUGGAUGGACCAACUCCAGUGUGUUUCAGAUCAGGGGGCUUAACUGGCACUUAAAACUGAACCCAAGGGAUACAAAGAUUGGCGGUGUGAAAGAAUAUGUUUCGCUUAAGCUUGUGCUAGCCCAACAACACGUCAGAUCUGGCACGGUUGUGGAUGCAUCUUUCAAGUUCUUGAUAUAUGACCAGUCAUAUGGAAAGCACAAUAAAGAAUAUCAAGUGAGCCACAACUUUCAGAGUACAAGCUCAAUCUCUGGAACCUCAUACAUGAUACCUCUCAGGACGCUAAGGGAGAAGUCGUCCAGACUCCUUGAUAAGAAUUGCUGUAUUUUUGGUGUUGAGUUUGGAAGAGUUGUGGUUGCUAAAGGUAAUUUUAUGUCGGAGACGCUGUUUGUUCAGAAGAUUAACAACAUCUGCAGUGACUCACAAGUCUACAACUGGAGCAUUGACGACUUCUUCUUGUUGAAGAACCCGAGCACCUCUCCAGAGUUUGAGCUUUGUGGACACAAAUGGUUCAUCACUAUCCAUCCAUCUGGAGAAGAUAAGAGUGGGAACUACCUUUCCUUGUACCUGAGAAUGAAGGUGUCGGAUACUCUCCAUCAGAGCUCUGGAAACCUGGUAGAACUUAGCAUAAGCAUCAAAGACCAGGAAACUGGCAAGCACCGGAAACUAUCAGACCGGUGCCAAUUCUCAAAGAAUUCACCCAGUUGGGGAUGGCCCAAGUUCAUAUCGCUUGAAGAUUUCAAGGACUCGUCAAAUGGUUUUCUCUUGAAGAAGAAGUGCUGCAUUGAAGCUCAGAUUGCGGUCAUUGGUUCCUCUAAGAUAGAGUAGCUAGAUUACUCGUCUUCCGCAUAUGCUCAUUUGUGUGCCUGUAUUUAACUUGAAUUGCUAUUCUGCCUCUGGGUAUUUAGUCGUUUGCUUGUGCUGAACGUACAAGGAGUCUAAACCUGAUGACGUUGACAUGUAUUAUGAUGUGUUUCAUGCAUGUGGGUGAAGCUUUAGAUAGAAGUAAAUGCUUAGUGGAAGACACUCGAAUAGAAAUGACAAGAUGCCCUGUGCAUUGUUGCGGACAUCUUCAACUUUA